UUAGCCUCGCAUUUUUUUUGCCACGGCACUUCGCGCAGGGCCACACGAGCUAGCACGGUUCUCACGAGUCGUCCAAAUCCACCGCUGCGGCGAGCUGGCAUAAGAAACGCCUCGCAAAUAGAGCCACUCUCCACGAGCGGCCCAAACAAGCCAGCCUGCGGGAGAACGCAGCGGUACGAAGCUAGCCUGCGGGAGAUCGCAGCGGUGCCGCGAAGAGCCCAUGGCCCUCUACACCGACCCCGCGACCGGAAUCAGAUACGAUACCUCGAACCCCGACCACAGCGGCUGGCUCACCAAACAAAGCGCGUGGCUCAGGGAUUGGAGAAGGCGCCAUUUCAUUUUGAAACAAUCCAAACUCUUCUUCAGCAAGCACGAAGGGAGUCCGCCCCACGGCAUGAUUGACCUAGCGCGGUGCAUGACGGUGAAGAGCGCGGAGUUCAAAGCCAGGAGGCGCCAUGCGUUGGAAGUCUCAACACAAGACACCACAUACUUGAUGUGCGCGGACACGGAGAAGGAGAAGGACGACUGGAUCGGGGCCAUCGGGCGCGCCAUCGUGCGCUGCUCGGCCACGUUCACGAACGACGACGGCAUGGACGGCGCGUCGGACGACGACUAGUCCCUGGUGUGUUCCUCCUUUCUCCCCCUGUAAAUUGAGUUCUUCGGUACGCCGUCGGUGCCGCGG